CACGGAAGCAAAGGGUUUUCUUCCGUAUCGAAUGGGAUAUCUCACAGACUGGAUGAUUACUAAAGCCAAAGAAGAAAUAAACGAAACUGAUCAAAAUCGAGGUCCCGCUCUCGAGGAAUUCCGAAGUUUCAUAAUCAAAAAAAACAGAUCUAGACUGUUGGACAGAUGAUGCUUCUUUAUUGCAAUUUCUGAGAGCAAGGAAAUUUAAAGUUAAAGAUGCAAUGGAGCGUUUGCACCAUUUUUUCACUGUAAGAAAGAACUUCCCUGAUGUGUACCCUGAAAACUUGGAUCUUGACACUUUGAAAAAAUUAUUAGAUUGUGGUGCUGCCAGCUGUUUGCCAUACAGAGAUGAAAAUGGUAGCGUCGUUAUUAUUUUUAAAAUAUCCAAAUGGGAUCCAGAUAUUUUUUCUUUUCAAGUUGUUCUUACUGCAAUGACAGCGACAAUUUUGAGUGCUGUAGAAGACCCAGCAACUCAAGUUUGUGGAACGCAAAUUGUAGUCGACAUGCAGGGUACUUGCAUGAAACAUAUACGCCAAAUCACACCUAGAUAUAUUCAAUUGCUUUCUAACGCACUCAGAAAUGCACUUCCAGUAAGAUUUAAAGGCAUCCACAUAGUUAAUGAAUCAUUUCUCUUUGGUUACGUCUACAGUGUCCUAAAGGUAUUUCAGACUGAAAAGAUCAAGAAGAGGUUCCACUUCCACGGAAGCGAUACAAAGCACUUACAAAAUUACCUUCCAAAAGAUAUUUUACCAGCUGAAUAUGAUGGUGAUAAUAUUCAUUACAAUGCCAAAGAUUGGUGCCAAAGAGAAAUAGAGUGUUACUAUGAAAAAUACGCUCAAUUGCAUCAUAAAGGAUACCGCUGAUUGCACAUCUGCUGUUAUUGCAAAUUAUUAGUGCAUAUGCUAAUUUUAAAAACUAUCGUUAUUCCUGUUGAGAUAUCAUUAUAUGUUUAAUCAUAACGACACUGCCAAGCUUUUUAAGCAAAAUGUGAAGAGCUAUUGAGCUUUAAAACAACCCAUGUACCUAAUAUUGCUCAUUAAAAAACAGUCGUACUUCAAUUACUGAUACUUGGUAAAGAUCUGGGUCUACAAAGAUCUGGGGAUUUAUUUAUGCUAAGAUCUUUGAUCUGUGAUACGAACUAGAGAUAUCAAGUCUCAAAGACGAACUGUUAACUUUGAUUGAACAAAUAUCAUUCAAUGUUUGUAUAAUUUGUACAGAACAUGUUAUUGAAUUUCUGUAUUAUCUGAAACAUAUUUACUUCACUUAUGAAACCGGCAGGCGUAUGGUAAAGGGCUGGGCACACUUUUUGUUUUUAGAAAACGUUUUAUUUAUUUUUUUUAUUCAUAUAUGCGUAUUUAUUUUUUCUAUCUAUGUUUAUUUAUAUAUAAAUGUAGGUAACAGAGUGCAGAAGUUCAUUUGAUUUGAUAAUUAGCAAUCCUCCAUAUAUUAAAAGAACUUAUUAUA